GUCACAAAUAAUUAACUGUACAACGUCACUUCCUUUGAACCAGAAUCCAAUACAAUGACUGUUUCAGCGUGAAUGAUGAACCCCAAUGACUGUUCCUUCGAUGAAAAACAGCCCGAAACAGUCUGAAAGAUCAGCAUGUAUUUGCUAAAACCAAAAUCCUUAGCUUUGAGAUAUAAUUCAAGAACACUUGUCUUUCUUCAACUACCGUCGCACCAACUGCAGCCUGCAGGCGAUCAUGAAGUCACCACCACCUUCCCAGUCCCACCUCCUCCCCUUCCUCAUCCUCGUCUCCUUUUCCGUAUUCUCCACACUCAGCUUAGCCAAUCUCGAAGCAGAGGCCCUUUUGAGAUGGAAAACUUCACUCCACAAGAAAGAUUCGCUGUCCUCCUGGACCAGCAACUCCAGUCCCCGCAAUUGGACAGGCAUCGUCUGCAGCACCUCCGGUUCCAUCACGGAGAUAAACCUCGCCCGCUCUUCCUUGGCGGGCACCCUUGCCUCCUUCAAGUUUUCUGCCUUCCCCAACCUCUCUCGCCUCGUCCUCAGUCUCAACAAUCUUUCCGGCAGCAUUCCCCGGGGGAUUGGCACUCUGACCAAGCUUGUCCAUCUAGACUUGAGCAGCAACUCGUUCAAUGGCGUGGUCACGCCGGAGGUCGGAAAUCUCGUCGACCUCACCACCCUCGAUCUCCACGACAACCAACUUACAGGAGCUAUCCCUUACCAACUCACCGGCCUCCCCAAGGUCUUAAUCUUCGAUUUGAGUGCCAACAUCCUCGCAGCACCGGAUCCAUCUAAAGCCUCCGGCUUGCCGGCAGCGACAUACCUCGGCCUGUCCAACAACAACCUCACCGGUGAGUUCCCACCCUUCGUGCUUCGUUGCCCCAAUUUGGAGUUCCUUGACUUGUCGUGGAACAAGCUGACCGGCAAGAUUCCAGCUGAGAUUGCCACAUCGCUACCUAAGCUCCGUUACUUCAAUGUCACUAGUAAUGGCUUCCAAGGCCCAAUACCAACCACGUUGUCAAAAUUAGCCAAGCUAGAAGCCAUGCAUCUUGGCGGAAACAAUUUCUCAGGUCAGAUUCCGGAGUGGAUCGCCUCUUUCGAUAGCCUCCGCAUCAUCGAGCUCCAUGAGAACAGCUUCUAUGGCGGCAUUCCUGGGUCUAUCGGCCAGCUCAAAUCGUUGGAGUGGCUCGAUCUACACCAAGCGGGCCUGAAUUCAACCAUACCUGCGGAGCUUGGUCUCUGUCGGAAUCUUACUUUCGUGAAUUUGUCUGAUAAUAAGCUAACUGGUGCCCUCCCUUGGACUCUUGCUUACUGGAAAAAGAUGAGAAACUUAGGCAUGUCCGGUAAUUCAUUAACAGGGGAGAUAGUUCCCAUCUUCCUCACCAACUGGACUCAACUGGACUCUUUGCAACUGCAGAGGAAUCAACUUACAGGAAAUAUACCGCCGGAUAUCGGAUUAUUGAAGGUUCUCACGCUCCUCUACUUGUUCGAAAAUAUGAUUACGGGCUCAAUCCCCUGGUCCUUGGGAAACCUUAUCAAUCUGAAGCAACUCGACCUCUCUAGGAACCGGCUCAGUGGCCCCAUCCCACCCACAAUCGGAAACCUGAAGCAACUCACCCUACUCAGCCUAGUUAACAACACACUGAGUGGAACUAUCCCUCAUGAGAUUGGAAACAUGAGUUCUCUCAAGCACUUGGAUAUGAGUUUCAACAAUUUGCAGGGUACGCUACCUCAAUCCAUCACUGAACUUCAUAAUCUGGACUUCUUUUUCGUACUCAGCAACAAUCUGUCUGGUGAAAUACCACCGAACUUCGGAACCGUUGGAGGCUUAACUAGUGUGAGCUUCGCGAGGAACAACUUCUCCGGCUCUUUGCCUUCAGGGAUUUGUACUGGCGGGAAACUGAUCAACUUCACUGCAAGUCAGAAUAAUUUCAGUGGGCCAUUGCCAGCCACCCUCAAGAACUGCUCUAGCUUGAGGAGAGUUCGAUUGGAGUGGAACCGUCUCUCUGGAGAUAUCUCCCAAUCGUUCGGAGUGUAUCCAUAUCUAUGGUACAUGGAUGCAAGCAAUAACAACCUCUUCGGGGAGAUGUCCGUGUCAUGGGCACAGUGCAGCAACCUCACUUCCCUCUACCUUGCGAACAACAAAAUCUCUGGAAGAAUACCACCGGAGAUCGGCCGGUUACCCAAGCUCCAGGACCUCAACCUUGGUUUCAAUUCCCUUUCAGGGAAAAUUCCAUCAGAGUUAUUCGGCUUAAGCCUCAUGUUCAGGCUGAAUUUGAGUAAUAAUGGACUCUCUGGCAUCAUCCCCCUUAACAUAGGCCAACUACCAAAUCUGGGUACUCUGGAUUUAUCUUACAACAAUCUGAGCGGAUCAAUCCCGCGCGAGAUCGGCAACUGUUCGAAACUACAACAACUGAACCUCAGCCACAACCAUUUCAUCGAGAAGAUACCGUUCGAGUUAGGCAACCUGGUUUCACUGCAAGCAAUGCUCGAUUUGAGUUCCAACGAUCUCACCGGCGAGAUCCCGGCACAAUUUGGGAAGCUUAAGAAUCUAAUGAUCCUGAACCUUUCAAGGAAUCAGCUAUCCGGUCAGAUCCCGUCUGACUUCAGGGACUUGAUCAGCUUGGAAAAAGUGGACUUCUCCUACAACCAACUCUCCGGCCCACUGCCGGACAACAAGGUGAUAUUGAACUCACCCUCUUCCGCAUUCAUCGGAAACCACGGCCUAUGUGGGAAGGCCAAGGGUCUAAUGGAAUGCCCUACCUCCAACCAAAACAAGAACUCUCGCUCAAAAAUCCUAAAGCUAACUAUACUGUUACCUGUGACACUUGCGCUGGUACUGCUGAUCUUCUGCAUAUGCGUAAUCUAUAGGCGACACAGAUCCACCUUUAUAAUCCCCCAGAACCACGAUCGGGAGAUCGCCAUCUGGAAGGUGGAAGGGAAGCUGAGCUUCAACGAGAUCGCCGCAGCGACAGACAACUUCAGCGACGAGCAUUGCAUCGGUAGGGGCGGGUUUGGGAGCGUGUACCGCGCAGAACUGCCGUCCGGCCAGAUACUUGCCGUGAAAAGGUUGGAGGCGACGGAGGAAGGAUAUCAGGCAGUAGAGGAGAAGAGCUUCCAGAACGAGAUCAGAGCACUGACGGAGGCCCGGCACCGGAACAUUGUGACGCUGUAUGGGUUUUGCACCAAGGAGAGGCGCAUGUAUCUGGUUUACGAGCAUCUGGAUCGAGGCAGCUUGGGGAACAUGCUAUACGGGACCCAAGGGGAGUGGGAGGCUCUAAGUUGGGCGGCUCGGGUUCGGGUCGUGAGGGGUGUGGCCCAUGCACUCUCUUACCUUCACCAUGACUGCUCGCCUCCCAUCGUGCACAGGGAUAUCUCCAUCAACAACGUUCUCUUGGAUACAGAUCUUGAGCCUCGGGUCUCGGACUUUGGUACCGCAAAGGUUCUCGGGCCGGAUACCACCAGCUGGACCAACGCCGCUGGGUCCUACGGCUAUAUGGCGCCCGAAUUGGCAUAUACAUUGAGAGUGACGGAGAAGUGUGAUGUCUACAGCUUUGGAGUUGUAACGUUAGAGUUAAUGAUGGGGAAGCAUCCUGGCGACAUCAUCUCCGUCUUGUCAUCGGCGGCAGCCGCACAAACUCCCGGUGGCAACCAGGAGUUCUUCCUAAAGGAUGUGUUGGACCAGCGGUUACCCUUGCCGACCGGCCAGGUCGCAGGGGAGGUGGUCUUCUUGAUAUCCAUAGCACUGGCAUGCGUCCAGACUAAAGCUGAUGCUCGACCCACCAUGCGCCACGUCUCCCAGGAGCUCUCUGCUUGCUCUCAUGCUUACCUCCCUGAACCUCUUGAAUCCAUCACAUUAAGCAGAUUAGCCUACCACUAAGGCCUAGUGUCUGAAUUGCUUUCUACUUUCUUCAUAUUUCUUUUGAACAUCAACCCGAUUUUUUAUCAG